AAUGCAAGGCGAGUAAGCAACAGCGAGUGAAUUAAGUGGUGAAACAGCAGGUUUGAGGAGGAAGCAGGACUGAUAGGGUGUCAUGAGAGCAGCCUUCCACAAUAAACACACGAACCAGAACACCCCCACAUACAUACAUCGACACUGCAGACUUCUUACUGGCUGUACUGACCUACAAGAAGAGGAUUGCACAAUCUGUAGAAGAUUACGCUGGAAUACUGUAACAUUCUGCAGACACAUUAUUUGCUUUUUUUGGUUAUUAUACGUCUACAGUCGCGUAAUACAAUUUGACAUCUGUCAAGUUCACAGUGCGUCCUUUGACUGACAGUUUUAAUUAAAUCGGUGGAGUUAAAUGUUUUGGUCUGAAAUAACUUCCCCCCUAUUGUGACCGCUGUGUAAGCCUGCUUUUUUUAAAGUCUGCUUCAAGGACAUUUUGUGUGAGACGAGGGAUCCUGGCUUUUUAAAUAUAAAAAGCGUAUUUAUUUUUUUAAGAAGCGAAUUGUGUCGCUUAUCGAGGCAGGAUGAUGAAUGCUAGCCGUAGUAAUGCUAGUAAUAGUACCAACUGCAUUUAUGCAAGCCGUAAGAGGCGAAAGCCAGUUCAGAAAAGUGCAAAGCCAUCGCUUCCUGAAGCCAAGUCCAACCCCUCCAAGAGGCAUCGAGACCGGUUGAAUACAGAGCUUGAGCGGCUGGCCAGCCUUCUGCCUUUCCCCCCGGAUGUUAUCUCCAAACUGGACAAACUCUCAGUACUGCGGCUGAGUGUCAGUUACCUGAGAGCUAAAAGCUUCUUCAGUGCAAAUCUAAACUCUAACAGCUGCAAAAGACCUGCUGGAAAUGGCCUCCAUGACAUUAAUAAACUUCCUGGUGAUGAACUGCUAGAGGGAGAACUCCUAUUACAGGUCUUGAAUGGAUUUGUGCUUGUGGUUACUGCUGAUGGUUCAAUCUUUUAUGUUUCACCUACUCUUCAGGACUACCUUGGAUUUAAUCAAUCAGAUGUCAUCCACCAGAGUGUUUACGAACUCAUCCAUACAGAAGACAGAGCAGAAUUCCAACGGCAGCUUCACUGGGCCCUGAACCCAGGCCCUCCACAUGACUCAGGGCAGAUUGUACCAGCUGCAGGCAGUGACCUUCCUUUAUCAGUCACCUACUACAAUCCAGAGAAGCUUCCUCCAGAGAAUUCUACAUUUUUAGAAAGAAACUUUGUCUGCAGGUUGAGAUGUCUUCUAGACAACUCUUCUGGAUUUCUUGCUCUGAACUUCCAAGGUCGUUUGAAGUUUUUGCACGGACAGAACAAGAAGUCCAAAGAUGGUUCCACAAUCCCUCCUCAGCUGGCCCUGUUUGUGGUGGCUACUCCCCUGCAACCCCCAUCCAUCCUCGAGAUCCGUACCAGAAACUUUAUCUUCAGAACAAAGCACAAGCUGGACUUUACACCUACAGGUUGCGAUGCCAAAGGAAAAAUUGUGCUGGGUUACACGGAGGCCGAGCUGUGCGAUCGUGGAACAGGAUACCAGUUUAUUCAUGCAGCUGAUAUGCUGUAUUGUGCUGAGAACCACAUACGAAUGAUUAAGACCGGAGAGAGUGGCAUGACAGUGUUCAGACUCCUUACCAAACAGAACCGAUGGACCUGGGUUCAGGCAAACGCACGCCUGGUGUACAAAAAUGGAAGGCCAGACUAUAUCAUUGCCACCCAAAGAGCUCUUUCGGAUAACGAGGGGUUAGAAAACUUACGUAAACGGAAUGUAAAGUUGCCUUUUAGUUUUGCUACUGGGGAGGCUGUACUGUAUGAGACAACUUUCCCACUGGCUAUGACUGAUCCGAUGCAUGCCAAGGCCAAAGGCACAUCAGCCACAAUGGCUUCCUGCAAAGAAAGGGAUCACGAGUCCUUGGAUCCGAACUCACUCCUGGGUGCCAUAUUGAAACAAGAUGAAUCGGUCUAUGUCUGUCCUCCAGCACAAAACACAAUAUCUUUUGAGACUGGCCCAUUUGUUGACACCAAAGAUGACUUGAAUGAUAUUCUGUCAAGCGACUGGCAAGAUAACAUUUUGCCAGUGGCUCAAAACAAUGCUUUGAGAGAAGAGGAAAGUGAGUGUACUUUGGAUGGCAGAAACAACGACUUGUUUAACUUAAUGAAAAACCUUGGUAUCAGUAUGGACGACCUGGAACUUAUUCAGCAAGAUGAAGAGUUUCUGAAAGUGGAGUGGGAUGACCCUGGAGACAUCACCGAUGUAGCAGAUGACAUCUUAAACUAUGUCCAGGACUCGCUGAAGAAGAGAUCGGACUGUAUGUUCUCAAGUUGCACUCUUCAAAAGCCAUUGGUACAGAGCCCAUGCGGCAUGCUUCAGCAACAGCAGCUACAUCCACAGCUGCACCCAGAACAUCAGCAGCAGCAGAUACAUUCACAGCAGCCUCAGCAGCAGAACCCACAGCAGCAGCUCUGCCAAAAAAUGAAACACCUGCAGGUCAAUGGCAUGCACACACCAUGGGCCCCAGUCAGUGUACUGCCUGCAAACUGUCAACAACAACCCCAGCUGCUACAGCAGCAAGCACCACAGCAGUACAGGUACUUUGGUCUGGAAGGCACUGCCCAAGAUUUUCUGUACAAAACUGAGCUAAACAUAGUCCAGCCAGCCUGCACACAGGACUUCAUGCCUUCUGAAGUAUCUCAAUAUCAACAGCCACCUAACCUUACACACACGAACUAUCCAGUCAAUGACUUUAACGCAUGGGAAUUGGAGGAUUUCCUGGAGAGUUUACAGCCAUGUCCAGAGACAAUGAAAUGUGCAAUAAGCCCUCAGGAUGGUAUGGUUACUUCACAGACCUAUUACACGGGUGCUGUGUCUAUGUACCAGUGUCUGCAGGAAACUCAAUCUACUUGUAUGAGUCAAGUAAAUCAGAUGAAUCGGAUGUUGUUUAACCCUGGGACCUCACAGCAGCAGACAUUUUUACCCAAGUUCCAAAAUGGAAACAAUGGAACCAUAAAGGAAGCCUACCCAGAACCCUACAGCUUGAUGGAUUGCCCUCAGCUUAAACAACCUCUUCACCAUGAACAGUCGGAAACAAGACCUAACUCGGACCCAACAUCCAGUUGCUUUCCAUAGCUAAAAACUCUCGUACCAUGCCUGAUGGGUUGUUUUUGCUUGCAUUAGUGCUGCCUUCUAAAGGUUAGCUUAUUAUGUGACAAAUGUGAACCAACAAACUGGCUUGAUAAGCCAAAAAAGAUAAGGAGAAUAAAAGGCUGGUUAUACUGUGCAUGAUUUUAACCCAAACCUUUUUUUGAGUAGGUUUGCUUUUGCUUUCUUGCACUGAAAGUGCAUAAUCUAAACAAAGACAUCUAAGAAAUCUAUUUUGAUUUAUAAACUAUGUUCUUUGUUUACCUUUGCUUUCAAAGUAAUUUUUGAAAUAUAAGAUAAGGCACAUGUUAGUAGUUGGAAUAGAAAUACAGUACACUUGAUUAAAUUUCUGACCCCAAAUGAUUUUACUGCACUAAGGUUUUCCCUGUUUUUAAGGUCACUGCAACCAUGGAAAUAGCUGGCGUUGUAUCAAGAUGUAUGUCUUUAUUUGAAGUAUUGUAUGUCCAGUAGUUACAAAUAGAAGAUGUGGACUGAAGGAGUGUUCUGUUAAUCGUAUGGGAGCUAUGAAUGGAGGUUUUAUAUAAUGUGACAAUUAUUUUAAUAAAAUAUCCUUAACAAACUACAAAA